CGUCGCGGUCAGAUGGGUGGAAAAUGGAAUUGCUUUGCCCUCCAGAUUGUGGCUCUGAUUGCGGCAGCACAUGGAUCUAAUAUUCUUGGCCUAUUCACCAGUCUGAGUCCAUCGCACUUGGUAAUUCAGAUGUCGAUGGCCCGAAUUCUGGCGGAGAGAGGGCACAACGUGACUGUUGUGACGGUGAUAAAACCUCCGUCGCCACUGAAAGAUAUCAACCACAUCCUUGUGCCCCUAGAAGAGGAUGAUCUCCAGGCAUUUAAUUCCGUUGUUGCCAGCUUAACCAAGACCGACAAUAGCAACGCAUACGCCUCUAUGUUUCGAUCGGUCAGGCAGAUGAGCGAGGCGUUCUCCAAGAUGGGCAGCGUUAUGAAGCAUCAGGUUGUCAGAAAUCUGUAUGAGCACCCCGACAACAGGUUCGAUCUGGUCAUCGUGGGCUACUUCAUGAACAGUUUCCAGCUGGCCUUGGCCUACAAACUGAAGGUUCCUCUGGUGGUUGCACUCUCGAAUCCGCCAUCCCUCUUGGGCGACGUCCUGGGAAACCCCUGGGAAGUUUCCUAUGUGCCGUCAAUGCAUUUGACUGCCAAACAGGGCGAACCCAUGAGCUUUGCAAGGCGUGUCAUAAAUCUCUUAGGGAAUUGGGGACAGCGAUUGUUCAUGUUCGUGAUUGAGUACAGAAAUGCAAGGACGUACAGGGAGAUCUAUGGAGACGAUCCUACUCUUCCCAGCUAUGGUGACUUGACCAAAAACAUUUCACUUGUCUUCUUCGCUUCCCACGGCAUAAGCGAGGGACCUAUCAGGCCGAACGUACCGGCUGUAAUUGAGGUCGGAGGAAUACAAGUCAAGGAUAAACCCGAUGUUCUACCUCAAAACAUUGAUGAGUUCCUCAGAGAAUCCCCACACGGAGCAAUACUUCUCAGCUUGGGGUCCAACCUGAAGAAGGCCCACCUACAGCCCGAAACGGUGCAGAAAAUGUUUAACGUUAUCUCGAAGCUGAAGCAGAAAGUGAUUUGGAAGUGGGAUGACCUGGAGAACACCCCUGGAGAGUCGGAAAACAUACUCUAUUUAAAGUGGCUACCCCAGGACGACAUUCUAGCACACCAGAACAUCACGCUUUUCAUCACCCAUGCGGGAAAGGGCGGAGUCACCGAAGCUCAGUACCAUGGCAAGCCCAUGCUGGCCCUACCCGUAUUCGGAGACCAGCCGAACAAUGCCGAUGUCAUGGUGCAGCAGGGCUUUGGACUGAAGCAAAGCCUCCUUACUCUGGAAGAAGACAGCUUCCUUCAAGGCAUUCAAGAGGUGCUCGAGAAUCCGAAGUAUGCCACUGCUGUACAGUCGUUUUCCACCCUCUAUCGCGAUCGCCCACUGAGUGUCCGACAGACGCUGAUAUACUGGGUGGAAUAUGUGAUCCGAUACAACGGAGCCCCGCACAUGCAGAGUCCUGUGGUGCACAUGACCUUCAUAACAGCUAAUAACCUCGAUGUAUAUGCCUGCGUUCUAGGAACCAUUGUUUCUUUCUGCUUUGCCAUUAAAAUGUUGGUCAGAAUGUUUGGAAUCGCCCUUAGAACCCACUUUAAAACGUCUCAGGACAAUCCAAAACGUAAGCUCAACAAAAAACGUCAGUAGCUUGGAGAUUAGCUUGAUGCUGAUUCCCACUCUGUAGGGUAUCGAGUCUGAUUAUGAUGUGAGAAGUAAUAAGUAAGAAGUAAGUUUAGCUUUGGUAAGCCACUGAUUACAUACUCCCAUUUGUCUAUUUGUGACGAAUAAAAAGACCGCUGAAACCAUACAGAGAUAUACUUUAUGCAGCUUUAAAAAAAUAACAUGUUCCUUGGCAGCUUAUUUAAACUAAAGGCAAUUAUGCUUAUUGUUUAUUUUAAACCACUUGAUUUGAUCUAAUAAUGGCCCUAAUAUCUAUCUAUCAUUAGACCGAUUCUGGAACUAUUAAUAUGCAGCUUUAAAAAUACAUUUAUUUUCAAUAAAUGACUUGGAAACAAAAUUGGAAAUUUUUUAGUGAUUAUUUUGAUAGUUUUUUGGGUCAAAAGAGUAGUCUUUCGAAAUAUUUAAUAAUGUUAUGGUGCAUUUCUUCGAUUCUUGUACUUCCUAAAAUGUAAUAAAUUAAUUCUCUUAAUUAUUUUUCUGGCGUUUUUGGCCAGUUAAUACUUUAUUUAGCUGGAAUGUGGAAAAAGAGAUAAGUAUUAAUAAAACGCAUCCUAUUUUCAAAAAAGAAAGACAACGUUUCAAAGAAGGGCUAUUAGGUAAGUAUAGCCUGAUAUCGAACGUAAUUAAUCGAUUGUUUAAUUAAAAGCGCCCAUUUGAAUAAAAA